GUGAGAACAUGAUUAGAUCUAUCCCCCAGAUAACCAGCUUACCUGUACACAUAACUACUGUUAGGCUGGCCUAGUCCCUUACAACACUCUAGCCCUAAGCUGACACUUGCCACAAGGCUAAUCAAAGCUGUGUCCUGAUUGGUCAAUAUGACCAACUCAGCAUUUACCUGAGUUCUCAUUGGUUGAGCUCCAGACAUGGAGAUUCAGUUGUUACCUGAGCUAAUUGGUAGUAAUGGUUACCUGUAGUUCUUUUGUAAAUUAUUAUUGAAAAAAAUAAAAUUCCUGAUUACAAUUUAUGGUCUGAGUGCACCGGUGUCAAAGUGAGUGACCACUAGCUGAAACUUGACCAGGAUGUAUAUAAGCUGGGUCAGACCAAAAUGGUCAGUAUCGAAUGAGAUUUCAAACAGUAAGGACAUUGGCAAAAUUAAAUCAGUAUUACUACCUAAAAAUAUUUACAAAUCAGAAACUGGUGACAUCAUGUUUUUGGAUGUUACAUUUAGUGCUGGAAGUGGUGUGUUUAAUCGUCGUAAGUCCAUCAGUGCUAAGUGUGUUCUGGACAUUACUCUAAACCCUGGAUUGACCGGCGCUUCUCUUGAUAGAGUUGAGCAGUUUGAUAAAGUCUUUAAAAAGCGUAACAGACGCAGGAAGAGCUCAGAGCACAUGCAGCUAAAGAAACUGGCUAAGAGGAAUGCUACUUGUCUGUCAAAUCUACAUCAUUCCCUUGCAGCCAUCGAGAUAGAAGCAUCCACUCGCCUGUCCACGACAUGCAUUGCAGACGACGCCUCUGACAACGAUGACGAAGGCGUAGGAUAUAUAUCAUCAUGGGCUGUCUCCUUUGACAAACUACUACUUUGUGGUGGCGGUCUCUCAGUGUUCACAGAGUUUCUCAAGAAAGAAUUUAGUGAGGAAAAUAUCCUAUUUUGGAGGACAUGUGAACAAUACAAGAGCAUUUGUGAUCCUGAUCAGAGGAAAGCUGCAGCUAAGGACAUAUACAACAAGUAUGUAGCGGAGAUUGCGCUUGAUGCUGUGAACAUAGACCAUAGUGCCCGACAACAAGUGGAGAGUGAACUUCCUACGCCCAGUGUGUUUACAUUUGAUCAACCUCAACAGGACAUUUACAGGCUCAUGAAAACAGACAGUUACACAAGAUUCCUCAAAUCCGAGUUGUACAAGACCUACCUGAUGCGGGAGAUGAACAACGAGCCCCUCGGCCUUCCCAGGGAUGACUUCCAGGGGAUUCUGGGUAACAAAGAUAAGAAAAAGACAACAAAAGGAAAAGGAAAGGAUGCUGAGGACAGCUCUAAAUCCAAGAAGCGUUUGUCUCUGUUGCCAUGGAAACAAAAAGCCAUGAAACCAGCCGUGAAAGCGAAGUCCGAUUCUGACCUUAAGAAGAAUAACUGUAGUUCUCUGACAAACAAACUCACAUCUGACUCUGAUCUGAAGACACACCGCUGUAUUUCUGCUUCAUGUGGUUCUGUCAACACCGAUGUCAACAACAUGACCUCAACACGACCCGGACUGGCAAUUGAUCUUGAAACCAUUCACAAGGAGAUCAAAGCCAACAGCAAAGAGAUUGCCAAUGACAACGAAGAUGACUUCCAUUUUUGCCGUGUGAUCUUACCGGAUGGGUCGACAACUGUGGUUAGCACCAAGCCUGGUCUCACCAUUGCCACAGUGUUAGGACAGCUUUGUACCAAAAGGAGCAUCCCGUUCAAAGCCAUUGACGUUUGCCUUGUUGGAUCAUCAGAACCCCUGGACCUUACAUUGGACAUCUCUACACUGGCUUCACUAGAGAUCACCAUCGACAGGCGUGUUAUGUUCUGUGUUGAGCUGCCUAACGGAAAAUCUAUCGGAGUGAAGGUGAAGCCUCAUCGUUCUAUUGGAGAGGUCCUGACACCUGUCCUCAAGAAACAUGACGUCAAGUUAAAUCAGGUGUGUGUGCAGAUGUCGGGACAGAAAAGGGUGUUAGACAUCAAUCUGGACGCUCGUGUGUCAACCAUAGACAAUCGUUGCCUUCUCCUGAAACAGGACACCACACCCAGACAGCGGCGGAGAUCCUCGGUCCCAGCGUUCAUCUCGGGGAGGAAGGAGAACAGAAGUGGUCAUCCUGAGGGGAAGACACUGCUGGAAAGUGAAGUGUGACAUAGUUCCUCUUACAAUUCUGUAACUUAAACUUCAGAAACAGUUUACUAUGACAUUAUCAACUGGAUAUUCCAGUUUGAGUGUUUCAGACUUGAGUGCUAUAUCAAUGUGCUAGAUAUGUAAUUUAUAAUAAUAAAAACU